CCCCUUUCCACUUCUUUUAUCCUUACACAACUCCAUCUCAUUCUUCCCAAUCCAAACUAGAAGAAUACGACGACUCCAAGCAGAAGAAGAAAGAAGAUCCUAUGGAGGAGUCCCUCAAGUCCAUGUCCAUGGACUACCUCAACCUCCUCAUCAACGGUCAAGCCUUCAGCGACGUCACCUUCAGCGUAGAAGGCCGCCUCGUCCACGCCCACCGUUGCAUCCUCGCCGCUCGCAGCCUCUUCUUCCGCCGCUUCUUCUGUGGCUCGGCCGACUCUUCUCCUGGUCUCCACCUCCUCCUCGACAACCACCAUCACUAUCGCUCGAGCCGGGCCGUUUCCGUAGCUUCCCCAGCCUCGCCGAGAGGCGGAGGCAGCGGCGCUGUAAUCCCGGUAACAUCGGUCAGCUACGAGGUGUUCCUUCUUUUGCUUCAAUUCCUCUAUAGUGGCCAGGUCUCUCUCGUGCCACCCAAACACGAACCAAGACCUAAUUGUGGGGAUCGGGGAUGUUGGCACACGCACUGUUCCUCCGCCAUUGAUCUUGCUCUUGACACUCUUGCUGCCGCUCGAUCCUUUGGUGUUGAUCAGCUCGCUCUUCUCACUCAGAAGCAGCUUGAAAGCAUGGUGGAGAAAGCAUCAAUAGAUGAUGUAAUGAGAGUUCUUCUUGCUUCUCGUAAGCAAGAACUCCAUCAGCUGUGGAACACCUGCUCCCAUCUUGUAUCAAAAUCCGGCCUGACCCCUGAGGUACUUGCCAAGCACCUACCCAUUGAUGUCGUCGCUAAGAUCGAAGAACUCCGCCUCAAAUCCUCCCUGGCCUGCCGCCCCGCCUUCCUCCCCCACAGCCACCUCCCCCUCAACGUCGCCUCCGAAUCCGACGAACACCACAACAAGAUCCGUAGGAUGAGACGGGCGCUUGACUCCUCUGACGUCGAGCUCGUCAAGCUCAUGGUCAUGGGCGAGGGCCUCAACCUCGACGACUCUCUCGCCCUCCAUUACGCCGUCCAAAACUGCACUCGCGAGGUCGUGAAGGCAUUGUUGGAGCUCGGUGCAGCUGAUGUGAACUGCCCCGCCGGCCCGACUGGUAAGACACCACUCCACAUUGCCGCCGAGAUGGUUUGUCCCGACAUGGUGGCCGUUUUGUUAGACCACCAUGCGGACCCUAAUGUCCGGACAAUUGAAGGGAUCACCCCGCUCGAUAUUCUUCGCUCCCUCACUUCUGACUUUCUAUUCAAAGGCGCCAUCCCAGGGCUCACUCAUAUCGAGCCAAAUAAGCUAAGGCUGUGCCUUGAGCUCGUGCAAUCCGCGGCUAUGGUGCUUUCAAGAGAAGAGGCAGCGGCCGCCGCCGCCGCCGCAGCUGCCGCUGCGGCGAACAGCAACGGAAACGUAGAUUCAAGGAUGGUAUAUCUGAAUCUCGGAAUGGCAGCAGCUGCUAGGCUGGAUUGUGAUAGUAGUAGUAGUAGAUCUCAAGGGAGCAGUGGUGGUAUAGGGCCAUCUUCGUUGUAUUCUCAACAUGACCACUUUCCAUAGCUACAAUUCGAUAAUGUAGGGAGAAACUGUUUUCUCUCUAUCCCUCUCUAUUUGUCAUUUUGUCUCACUUGUCUAUCUAUAUUUUACGUUGGGUUAUAUAUCUUUGGUGUUGUGGUUGUUUCAAUUUAUCUGUAUUUUUGGAAAGAUGAUUGAUUAGUAACUUGGAAUGAA